AUGCCAUCUAACGACAAGGCUCCCAACGCACCUGAACCAAAAGGCGAACCAAGCGAUGCUACGAUCGCAGUUGCUACCGCCGCCGCAGUUGGUGCUCCUGCAGUUGAGCCCAUUCCCGUGACUGCAGACGCCACUGCAGCUCCCCAAACUGAUGCGGAUCAGUCUACUGAGCCCUCGAAGCCGCUUGCAUCCAAGCAUUUCACCUGGCCCGAUAUUCCUUAUCAGGUUACUGGGGACCAGGGAGGUGAGCGCGGUCCCCAAGCGGGUUUCAACUUGUGCAACAGCACGACAGAAAACCAGCAGUCUAUGUGCCAGGCAAGCAGCCCCUUUUUCUCUUCACAAACCGCGUUUCUCAACAACAUCGGCGACUUUUGCAUGUGGAGCUCUGGUCAAACUGAUGACAGUGUCGGUGAAUCGGAGGCCCGUGAAGUUGCAUGGUGCACUACUCCUGGACACGGCACACGUAUAAUCCCACCUGGUGCCAUCACUGGUGCACAGUGGUUGUAUGCGAAGGACUAUUUGCAGGUCGUCGGCUUCAUCGACCAAACAAAAGUCGGUCUCGCAGCCAAUGAUUCCGGAGGUGAACUGGACCCUCAUGGAGCCGAUGAACAAGGCAACCCGCUCGGCGGUAUUGUUUUCACGAAUGGCUUCGGGAUGAACUCUGCAUCCUUCCAAGAAGUUGUCAAAUCUGGCAACCUCACCAGCAACCAGACAUAUACGCAGGUCAUUGAAUGGAUUGACUUCAUUGGCGCUGGCCAGUUUUGCUUGAAGAUGUGCAACCCGAGUGGCCCCAACGCGGCUGAGCUCUGCCAACACAUCUACGAUGAGGUUGGGUGCACGUACAACGCGCUUGCGGACUACGGACACAUUAACGGCACGUUUGAGGUCUGCGACAGUGACGAUAUGGCUCCGCCUGGUAUUUUCUCGACCAACGGUGCAUUGACCACCUGGACUCAACCUUUCUCUGGCCCUGUCUCCGCUCCAUACCAAACCACCAUCCCGGCAUCUUCCAACUGCGUAACAUACUCCUCCGAGCAGCUCUUCGCGGCGGCAGCAACAGAUACCGCAGCUGGCUUCACCAUCACAUCCGCCUCUGGUUCAUCAAAGCCUUCGAGUGGCUCAUCAGGUUCCGGCGGAUCGGCGACUGGCACGAACAGUGGUUCAAUCGCGGCGUUUGAAAUGACCGCUGCGCCAUACAUUGCUGUUGGAUUCUUCACGAUGGUCGCGACCAUGAUGAGCAUGUUUGCUUAAGUUUGUUUCACGAUCUAGUCUGCGGAUGGGAUUUUACCGUAUCUACAUAAAGGACUUUGUUGAGUCUGUUUGCACAUUUGCACGGACACGAUAAUAUAUACAUCUGGAUAUUUGUCUCAUCUUUCAGUCCAUUGACAUUCAUAGUUGUAGCUCGAUGCACAUGUCUGGCUAUGCUUAUUCACUUCACGUAUUCUUUCUGUCGAAUGGAUAGUGUCUGAUCC